AUGGGCGGAUCAUCAGCCACUUUACACUCUGACCAUGACCGCGAUACGGAUCAAUCCAAUCCCGAGGAUGCUCAUAGCUCGCCGGCAUAUCCUCUGAAAUAUUCCUGGACUGUUUGGUACCGCCCUCCUACCUCGAAAAACUCCGAUUACGAGAAGUCGAUCAGGCCGAUGUGCCGCAUGAGCAGCGUCACUGGGUUUUGGAAGGUCUACACCCACUUGAUCCAUCCUUCGGCUCUACCCACUGUCUCAGACUACCAUUUCUUCAAAGAGGGGAUUCGACCGGUCUGGGAAGACGAGGAAAACAAGAAAGGUGGGAAAUGGAUCAUGAGACUUAAGAAAGGGGUGGCAGACAGGUACUGGGAAGACCUCCUGCUCGCGUUGAUCGGUGACCAGUUCGCUGAAGCUGGCGAGGAGGUAUGUGGCGCGGUCGUUAGUGUCAGGAGUGGCGAAGAUGUCUUCAGUAUCUGGACCAAGAAUGAUGGGGGACGGAACGUGAAGAUACGAGAAACAAUCAAGCGUGUACUCAAUCUACCGGCGGACACUAUCAUUCAGUGGAAGUCUCACGAUGACAGCAUCUCUCAUCGCACUGCUAUUGACCAGGCUCGGCAGGAGAAGACUACUCAAAAUGCUACAGACAAGCGUAGAGGUACCUUGAGCGGAGACGGCAACGCAGCUAGCAAGGACAAGUAG